AUGCCGCUUUUACAUGACGUCGGUCGUUUUCUAACUUGCCAUGCCAACUUGCCCAUCACCAAUGCGCUGUCUCUUGCAGAUGAUCACGACCUUGCUCCUCGUCUCAUGACACAAUCUUCCUCCUUGAUAUCCUCACACAAGCAGCCCGGCAUGUCGGCCAAAAUAGCCAGAACCAUAGCCCGGCAGAAAGAAAAAAUCGCCGAAGGAAACUUCUACGAAGCACACCAACAACUGAGGGUGAUCACAUCGCGGUACCUUAAGUCCUCCGACUACACGUCUGCCUGCGACGUAUUGUAUAAUGGUGCGCUACUCCUGCUCCGGGCGGGUCAAGGUGGCUCAGGCGGCGAUCUCGCAAUGAUGCUGUUGAACGAGGUGUAUAACAAGGGCGAGUUCGCGUGUAACGACGAGAACAAGAAGAGAUUGUUUGAAAUCCUGCAUGCAUUCCCGCAAGACGAGCCGACCAGGAAGAGAUUCAUCACAGAGACCGUCGGCUGGUCGGGAAGGUUUGGUGAGCUGGACAGAGGGGAUCCAGAAGUGCAAGACCAGGUUGGGCGGGUUUUCGCCAACGAAGGCGAAGUCUACGACGCUGAACGACACCUCAUUCUCGGAACAUCCUCAUCCGCUCCAGUCCUUGCGUCACUACACUACAACUGGUACACCCUCGACCAGCCGCAUUUGGCAGGGAUAUACGCGUCUCGCUCUGUGCUGCCCUACUUGCUCGUCGGGAACCUCGCAUCCGCGAAUGCCGCCCUGAGCACCUUCACGUCACACUUGACAACGUCCAACCCGCAUUUGCUCGCAAUGUCGCAACCAAUCGAGUCGAGCAAAUCCGGACUCAGUCUGCGAAUAUUCCCGAGCAUUCCCUUGCUGAAUUUCUUGUCCUUGCUUCUGUUGGCCGCGCAAAAGGGCGAUGCGGGCCUAUUUAGGCAACUGUGUAAGUAUUACGCCCCGCAUUUGAAGGAUGCCGAGACCUUGUGGAGCGAUGCUCUCAGUAAUAUUGGCGAGGUGUGGUUUGGGAUCAGGAUGCCCAGACAAGGUGGGAACCCCCUGUUUGAUAUGAUGGGGAGUAUGUUGUUUGGAGGCGGUGGCGGCGGGCAAGGAGGGCAAGGCAGGGGAGGGACGCCGAGGUCGAAUACGCCGAAACCUGUGACGGGUGGGAAGAGGGAAAUUGAGAAGCCGCCGACCAUGGAUCUGGAUUGAUGGAGGGGAACGUGAUCAGCACCCUGGGUGUGAAGUCUCUGGCAUAUCUCGGGCAACGCCUGGCUUGGAGGACAUGGGCUCGUCUAGGGACGGGUACGUUUCCGGUGUACGGCUGAGUUAUGGACCAGGAUACGAAGCGGAAAGACACAGCUUAUGCAUGGGCCUUGCUGAAUGGAUUGGAGAGCAAUACAAGCUUGUUUCCCAGGUCAUAAAAGAACGUCUGUUCGAGUGCUUGGCUCUGUUCGUUAUCGUCGCAGCGACCCAUGGAAUUCUACAAAGUUCACAUGCGAGACUAUUUGCCAGACGCCAUCAGAAUGCUAGUAGCACCCGAGUAGAG